AUGCCAAUACUGAACGCCCAGAGUCAGAUGGUGUGGGAGAUCGGGGAGGAGGUGAAGUAUGUAUGUGAUCCCCCAUUUAGUCCACGGGGAAGGCGCGUCUGCCAGUCGGAUGGGUCGUGGACGGACUUCUCUUGUGUGUUGGUCACAGACUGCAGCCAGGUGAAGACUUGCAACAACGCCUACGAUGAUGGAGAAUACUGGAUUGUCUUGGAGAAGUACAACAACGCCAGGGUGAAGAUCUACUGCCAUGACAUGUCAUCUGAUACUCCUGGACACUUCGUCAGCUUCCAGGAAGACAACUACUCAGUGAUGCCAACAGGAUGCUACGGCUCCUACUGCGGACGAACAAACUUCACCAAGAUCAAGAUUGACUUGGACAAUCUUCAAAUUGAGCAGGUCCACACCUUUGCUGAAUGGUCGUGUAAACCAGGUCCUUACGGGCGUACUAUGGGCUGCAGUUCAGACGCCGGAGCAGACUGCGGCACGGUGCAAGUAAAUCUGGAAGGAACUAGUUUCAAAGUAAGCAGUCAAAGCACCCUCGCGGGAAAUGUUGACACUAUAUUCUCGUCCAACCACUCGCUGAUGCAUGGGAAAUGUAACGGAUGGUGUUCCCCCUGUUUUUCUUAUCAUCAAGGAAUUCUACGUCGAUUCGGCUUCUCGCCGAAAGAACAUGACAUUCCCGAUGAAGACUCGGCUACUAAGCCGACAUGUGUUUGA